AUGAAAAUGGGUGAACUUUCGAUAGAAAUGGAUCAAGUGGAUGUCGGUGAAUUUAAUAAUCCAAGUGAAGCUACUGCUAGUAACGUAGAAAAUGGAGAAAACGCAAUAGCUAGCGAAGAGUUUAUUCACCAAUAUCCAAGUUUAUUUACAAGUAAAACUCUGAUAGAACUAUCUAAUUCUUCGUGGUCGCGUUCUAGACGGGCUAAUGAAGAUGUGCAGCCUUAUUUACGUGGUUGUAAGUGGUCCCCGGACGGUACUUGUUGCCUCAGCGUGGUGAACAAUGAUGGGGUACAUGUGACUGAGUUAUCGCGGGACCUCUACACCGGCUAUGUCGCCCCUAACCGAAUAAUAGACGUCAUGGAUUCUGUAAUUCAUGUCAAAGAAUGUGGAUUGAUAUACGAUUUCUGUUGGUUUCCUUUGAUGAACAGUAGUGUGCCGGAGAGUUGUUGUUGGUUGACAACUAGGCAGAAUGCUCCAGUACAAAUGUGGGAUGCCUAUGAUGGCUCCCUGCGAUGUUCAUACAGGGGAUUUGAUGCUGUAGAUCAGAUGGAACCUGCUCUAUCCGUGAUCUUUUCAAAUGAUGGCAGCCAAAUUAUUGCUGGAUAUAAAAAAACUAUUAGGACUUUUGAUGUAGAAAGGCCAGGUAGAGAAUUCGUAGAACAUAAAAUUAAAGCUCCUGCAGCUUGCAUUGACACAUGCAAUGAUCUGUUAGCCGUUGGUUCCUGGAACACCACUGUUAGCUUAUACAGUGUGAAUACACCAGGCAAUUACAAGAGUAUUGGAGUUAUGCAUGGGCAUGGAGGUGGUGUCACCCAAGUAAAGUUCACACCAGAUGGCAGGUACCUCGUAUCGGGCGCUCGUAAAGACAACAGAUUGUUACUAUGGGACAUCAGAUACUACCGUAGACCACUAAACAUAUUACCUAGAGUUGUUGAAACUAACCAAAGAGUUUACUUUGAUAUUUCACCUUGUGGCAAGUAUUUAGUCUCUGGUGGCACCGAUGGAGUACUUAAAGUGUGGGAUGAGGAACAAGUGCAUUGGAGAUCUGCCUUGGAAGUCACUGAGCAUAUGGGUGAUACUGCUACUUAUAAGUUCCCUCUCCAUAAAGAUUGCUGCAACAGUAUUUCAAUACACCCACUGCGGCCUAUCCUAGCAACAGGAUCAGGACAGUACCACUUAAGACGUCCAAUGACGUCACCAGAACCGAAGAUAAAUAACCAAGACAGUACCCUACCUAUAAUAAAGAAAGAAAGUUCGAGUGACGAGUCUAUCGCUAUCAAACAAUCAAAUAAAAGAAAAAUUGAAGAACGAGAAUCUCCUGAUUUAGAGAUGGAAUAUACAGAAGACAGUGAAAAUAGUUUAGUGUUCUGGUGGAUUGGAGAAGUGCCAGAUUUAACGUAG